ACGCCACGCGGGGCGGAAGGGGCCCCUUCCAGGGAUGGCGAAUGGGAUGGAAGAUAAAUACAGAGAGAAAACAUGGCGGCGGCGGCGAAGGGCUCACUGUCGUGUGCGACAUUGAUCGAACAGUACAGCGCGGCAUUGAAGCGAUGAAGUUGUUUGGCGAUGGCCGUGCGGUAGAGAAGUGAUUCCCGUGGCUCCGUAUAGCGCUGACCUGCUAACACUGCGAACGUAGCUCGAGCGCAGCCGUUAUCGCCGCUCGAGGAGCCCCAGAUUCAGCGAGGCUGUCUAGCUAGUUGCGCGGCAGUUAGCGCGCUAACUGCGGCCAGCAGCCCAGCCAGCUCGGUACGAGCCGGAGUGCAAGUAGCAGCCGAGAGCGAGUACGGACGGUUAAUGCUUCGGUGUAACUAUUUCACUUUUGACUGCGCCGGGAAUAUAGCCGUUUAGCCUGCUCCGCGGCGUACCGUCAAGAGGGGAUCAGUCAUGUAUUUUUUAACCGGUUGGCCUCGGAGGCUACUUUGCCCCCUAAAAAGUGGGGAGGAACCGUUCCACAUCCGACCGAGCUCGCAGAGGUUCUACUUCGCCGUGCUGUCGGAAACUCAGCUGAGCAUCUGGUUCAGUCGGCCCAGUGUUCUCAUAGUGAGCUACAUCGAGUCGACGAAAGCUGCAGCCCAGUUCGGAUCCUAUCAGCAGGCAGAAUGGAAGCCAGAUGACUCCAUGAUUGCAGUGGUGGCUGCCAAUGGAUACAUCCUUCUGUUUGAUGUCGUGUGUGGGGGCGAGGACAAGUGCCUCUAUGAGCCGGUGUAUCCCAAGGGGAAUCCCCGUGUAACCAGGGUGACACCAGGGUACAAGGAGGAGCAGUGUGCUCCUGCUCUGAGCCUGGAGAUGAAGAAGCCGGUGGACCUGGAGGCUCCCAUCACCAGCCUGCAGUCGAUGCAAGAGGACCUGGUAGUGUCCACAGCAGAUGGAUUCUUGCACAUCUUGCACUGGGAUGGCGUGAGCAACGGCCGCAAGACCAUCAACCUCUGCACCGUACCCUUUUCCCUAGACCUGCAGUCGUCACGAGGUGGCCCCUCCCUAGACUUCGACAGGGUGCACAUCGUGGAUAUGGAGUACUGCGUGACGCUGGACGGCUUCGCCGUGGUCUUUGACGACGGUCAGCUGGGCUUCAUCACCCCGGUGGCCAACAGGUUCACCACAGAUCAGCUGCAGGGCGUCUGGGCCGCAGAUGUGACUGAUGGGACCUGCGUGGCGGUGAACAACAAGUACAGACUCAUGGCCUUCGGCUGUGCCAGUGGUUUAGUGCUGGUUUAUACGAUAGACAGCACCACGGGAUCGAUGCAGCUAUCUCACAAGCUGGAGCUGACUCCAAAACACUACCCUGACAUCUGGAACAAGACAGGCCCAGUGAAGCUGAUCAGGUGGUCACCGGACUACAGCGUCGUCAUGGUGACGUGGGAAUGCGGUGGUUUGUCUUUGUGGAGUGUCUUUGGGGCUCACCUCAUCUGCACGCUGGGAGAGGACUUUGCCUAUCGAUCAGAUGGCACGAAGAAGGAUCCUAUUAAGAUCAGCUCUAUGAGCUGGGGUGCGGAGGGGUACCAUCUUUGGGCGAUUGCCAGCAGCGAGGGGAAUUGCCAAGGGGAGGGCGGCUCCUCCUCCAAGCAGGCGGUCAUCCUUCAGUUCCAGUUCAUCAAGAGCGCCUUGACCGUGAACCCCUGCACAAGCAACCAGGAGCAGGUGCUUCUGGUGGGGGAGGAUCGUCUGUACCUGGCCUGCGGGGACCCCACCCAGGCUCACAGCUCCCCGGACCAGCACCUGCACCGGGACCACAGCCCCCUGCACUCGCUCCCCCCGUCCUCGUUAUCCGCCUCUCAGGGACUAAGCACUUUACUCGGACACAAGCACUGGCAUGUGGUCCAGACUCAGAGCACAUACUUGGAGUGCAAUUGGCCAAUACGGUUUGCAGCCAUCGACACGCCGGGCCAGUGUGUGGCAGUGGCAGGGAGGCGUGGCUUUGCACACUACACCAUGUUCACCCGCAAGUGGAAGCUCUUCGGGAACAUCACUCAGGAGCAGAACAUGACAGUGACUGGAGGCCUGGCCUGGUGGAACGACUUCAUUGUCUUGGCCUGUUACAAUUUUAUCGCCCAGCAGGAGGAGCUGAGGCUGUACCUGCGGUCGUCAAACCUGGACAACACCUUCUCCAGCGUUACCAAACUGCAGUCGGAUACGCUGCUGCUGAACGUGUUUCGCGACAUGGUCAUUUUGUUCCGGGCCGACUGCUGCAUCUGCCUCUACAGCAUCGAGAGGAAGCAGGACAGUCCAAAUCCAUUUGCCAGUAUUGAGCUCCUGCAGGAGGUGCCCAUGUCUCGCUACAUCCCCCAUCCUGCCCUGGUGGUUUCGGUCACGCUCACCUCCGUACGGACAGAGACGGGCAUCACGCUCAAAGCGCCACAGCAGGCCUGCGUGGCAGAGAGCAUCAUGCUGAACCUAGCAGGCCAGCUUAUCAUGCUGCAGAGGGACCGCUCUGGACCGCAGGUACGAGAGAAGGAAUCUCUGUCCAGCCAGAAGAAACUGCUGCCGUUCUGCCCGCCCGUGGUUCUCGCACAUUGCGUGGAGAACGUGUGGACGACGUGCCGCACCAACCGUAAGAAGCGGCACCUGCUGGAGGCGCUGUGGUUGGCGUGCGGGGAGGCGGGCAUGAAGGUGUGGCUGCCUCUCUUCCCGCGGGACCACCGCAAGCCGCACUCCUUCCUGUCACGGCGCAUCAUGUUGCCUUUCCACAUCAACAUCUACCCGCUGGCCGUGCUCUUCGAGGACGCCCUGGUGCUGGGCGCCACCAACGAGACGGUGCUGUAUGACGGACUGGGGGGCCCCCGCCAGCCGCCCGAGGGGCUCUUCCCCUUCUGCACGGUGGAGCGCACCUCCCAGAUCUACCUCCAUCACAUCCUGCGGCAGCUGUUGGUGCGCAAUCUGGGCGAGCAGGCCCUCCUGCUAGCCCAGUCCUGCGCCGGCCUCCCCUACUUCCCGCACGUCCUCGAGCUCAUGGUGCACGUCGUUCUGGAGGAGGAGGCCACUUCCCGGGAGCCCAUCCCUGACCCACUGCUGCCCACCGUGGCCAAGUUUAUCACGGAGUUCCCCCUGUUCCUCCAGACCAUCGUGCACUGCGCCCGCAAGACUGAGUACGCACUCUGGAACUAUCUGUUUGCUGCUGUUGGCAACCCCAAGGACCUGUUUGAGGAGUGCCUCAUGGCUCAGGAUCUGGACACGGCUGCUUCUUAUCUCAUCAUCCUGCAGAACAUGGAGGUUCCAGCAGUAAGCAGACAACAUGCCACACUCCUGUUCAACACUGCCCUGGAACAGGGGAAGUGGGAUCUCUGCCGUCACAUGAUCAGGUUCCUCAAGGCCAUUGGCUCAGGAGAGUCUGAAACUCCACCCCCAACACCAACCACUCAGGAAGCGAGCUCCACUGGAGGCUUUGAAUUCUUCCGCCACCGCAGCAUCAGCCUGUCACAGUCGGCGGACAGCGUGCUCACUGGGAAGUUCAGCCUGCAGAAGACGCUCAGCAUGCCGUCAGGCCCCUCAGCCAAGAGCGGAGAGCGGUGGAGUAAGGAUGGGGAGUGCACGGAGAGCACCUACAUCGACAUGAUGCUGUGGAGGCAUGCACGCCGCCUGCUGGAGCAGGUCCGUCUCAAGGACCUGGGCUACUUCUCGGCACAGCUGGGCUUCGAGCUCAUCGGCUGGCUCUGCAGGGAGCGCACGCGGGUCGCCCGCGUCGACGACUUCAUCACCGCCCUCAAGAGGCUGCACAAGGACUUCCUGUGGCCAUUUCCUGUUAUGCCCGCCUGCUCCAUCAACUCCCCCUUCAAGAACGGGCAUUACCGCACAGUGUUGAGCACUCAGCUGCUAAAGUCGCAGUCGGCGGACAGCAUCCUGAACAGCGAGAUGGACUCGGCUCCCCACCAGGCGGCGCUGCGUAGCGACAGCUGGCUGGAAAGCCUGAGGGCAGAGCAGAAAGAGAUGGAGAUCGCUUCGUCACACGGGCCUCAGACCCAGGAGGCUUUUCUCUCACCUCUCACCAGCAAAGGCGAAGAGUGCAGUAUUGGGUCUGCCACAGAUCUAACGGAGACCAGCUCCAUGGUGGAUGGGGACUGGACUAUGGUAGACGAGAACCUUUCAGGUGUGAGCCUGUCGCAGUCGGAGUUGGAGCACAUUUCCAUGGAGCUGGCCAACAAGGGGCCACACAAGUCUCAAGUGCAGCUGAGGUACCUGCUUCACAUUUUCAUGGAGGCCGGCUGCCUUGAGUGGUGUGUGGUUAUAGGGCUCAUCCUGAGAGAGGCCAACGUCAUUAAGCAAGUGUUCGCCCUGCUGGACAGUCCUGAGGUCCCGUCGGACACCGUCCAGAACGUCUGCGACGGCCUGCUGGCUGUAGAUGCCUGGGCCUCCUCAGACUGCCUUGGCUACAAGCCCUUCCUCAACCUGAUCCGACCCCAGCUGCAGAAGCUGGUGAGCGCUGCUGCAGACCCUGUCCAGCCAGAGGCCUUCCAGCCUGCCAGCACCUCCAAGCUGAUGGAGCCGGCGAGCCCCAGGGCAGAGGACAGUCGUGGGGUGGCCCCCCUGGGCACCAGCCUGCCCACAGAGGCUCCCGGUGGGUUGGUGCGACCCGCUGAGGAUUGUCCUGUGCAGGAGCAGGAGGAGAAGACUGUGGAGGAGGGGGCGUACGACUGCACCUUGUCCUGACGUGGCUUCUUGGAGAAGCCGGGAGGUGCCACCAACGAAUGAUGAGAAUCAGAAGAGAGCCACCAUGAGCCCAGGGCAACUAAUGCCAUCCUUCUGCUGCUCAGGUUAUGCGUGUCUGCCUUCAAGUUGUAUAAUCGUGAGUAUCGAUUCGUUGAUAGUCUGUAUAAAUACACAGCAUUAGGGCUCUUGGACAUCUCCAAGCAUGAGGUAAUGCUGCUGGUAUUUAUGGUCAUGUUGUCAGUAUUACCUUUCAGUGAAAUACACACCCCGCACAUUGAUAUGAACCCUUUGACACUGUUCUAAUUGGGUUUGGCAAUAGAUAACUAUUAUAAUCGUUGUAUUCAUAAGUGGGCAGUAUCCUAAGACGGCAGGAAUCAUGUCUUUGGAAGGGUAACACAUCCAGACACUGCAUCCUUACACUGAAUUUCCCCGAUGGUUUGUUCCUGGCAUUCUGGCCUAGGUGGAUGUGAUGAGCACAAUGCACAGAUGGGUUUUUAACGUUGCGUUUUGGUUGUCAAGCGAAGGUGUGUUUUACUUUAGGUUAAUCCCAAAGAGAAGUGCAGGUAUAAAGGUACGUGGCUUAUUUCUGACACCUGCCUUGCCUCUCUGGUUUAACUGCUUUCUCAGAAACUGUCCAGAUAAUUUGAGUCUUUGGAGGAUGAUCAUGAGUGGCUAUUUACACUUUUAUUGGGAUUUUACUCCCAUCGAUAUUUUAUAUAAUGUACAUAUACAUGGUGUACUGUACUUUUGUGAAUACUGAUGUACAGAAACAUUUAGGUAAUUCUAUGGCAUAAAUAGGACUUUUUUAAUAUAUUUGGAUUUUUUGACUCGCUCUGAAUGUGAUGGAGAAAUCCACAGCAAAUGUUUCUCGUUUGAGAUGCGGCCUGGUUUGCUGCUGGGCGUGGGGUUCACACCUCCAUCUCCCAUAUUCUACAGUGAUUUUGAAGACCUAGCAAUAUGGAGAGUUAGUAGCCACAUGAAAAUAAUAUAAUGAUAAAUUAAAGAGUUUACACACAAGCAGCCUAUUAAAUUCAGUAAUAUUGUCAUCUAUCACUUGUGAUUUGUAUUGGCUGUUCGAUUGGUAUUCAUUAACACUCAAGUAAAAAAAAUAACUGAACAAAUGCCAAAAAUGUGGAAAUGCAGUCAUGUGUUUAAGUGUUUUUUUUAAAUACAUACUACAAUUAGGCAGUAGUUAUAGUAAAUUGAUCGUCUUCAUUUAAAAAAAAUUGCUGUGAUGUAUUUCCACAGUUUAAAUCCCUUAGAAGCAACGCUUUACUUUUAGUGAAGACGAUUCGCUUGUCAGCGUUUCGAGUUUUGAACUCCCUUAACUUUAAAAUCAUCGCAAAAAAUAAAACGUGACAGUGUCUUUCCCCGUGGCUCUGAAAACCGGUUAUUUUAUUCAUAUUCAUCACGGCUUAGAGACUCAGUCUGAUCUUCAUUUUCACAACAUGUAAAGGAAGACUGGUGGUUGUGACAGGAAAUGAGCAUUUAGCAGUGGGCUGAGUGCUACCAUUGUUCUACCUCCACAUUCAUGUUGCAUGGUUCGAGAUUCAAGCCUAGCAGAAACCGACGGUGAACUGUUAGGACAAACCUUACCUACGAACAAAAAAACCUCCCAGUCACUGCUUAAGUUUUACUUGCUUAAAAAACUACAUGUUCAGGCAGAUGAGCAGUGACUGCAGACUUAAGGAGAAACUGUUUUAAUCCCCCCCCCGCCCCCAUCUUCCACCUUUGCAUUUUACUUAAGUGGUUGACUGGUAAAAUGCUGCCAAGAAUGAAAAGAUUUCCUUGGAGAAGACCAGUAAACGGUUACCUCCCAGGCAGAUGUGUAGCCCUAGUGGAUGCUGGUGGUGCUUUGGAAGGAGAGUUUUUUGAGAGCAGGCUGGUGUCUCCUCAGCAAGGGAAAUGUGUGUCGCCCAUUACAGUGUGAUGAUAAAUGGGAAGCAUUAGUGAGCUCCAGCUAGCUUGUGUUGCAUCUUCAACCAAAUCUCUUGCACAAUGGAAAGUUUGUGUCUGUCGAGCCAAACCCCUGUUUGGGACUGGGAACUAUGGAAAAUUUGUGUUAAUUUCAACAAUGCCUGCUAUUCUUGCUAACGUCAGCUUUGUUGUUAUUGUCCGAAUCUCUGUAUUCAUUUCAUCCGCGUAUUUGUGUUUAUGCCUGAAAGUUUUAAACAUUCAAUGUUUUAUUUAAUUUGUAAGCCCAGGAGGCAGUAAUUGAAAUCAUCAUUCGCAAAGGGUUUACCAACGGAAAGAGAGCCUUCGGUUUCCAUAGCAGCAUGACCUUUCAUUGCUGAGGUGGCGUAGAGUAAACCAGCUAACCUUCUGGCGUUUGCUUUAUAUUAGAAGCGCAUGCUUUAGACUUUGGCAGUUAAUGUACAAUAACUUUCCCAUUCUCUAAUAAUAGUUUUACCUUAAGCAGUAUUAAAGUGACACACACAACCUUUGUAAACUUAUGAUAUAAAUUCUUGCAAAAAUAUAGGUAUAUUAAUCAGCUAGGUAUAUGUUUAAAACAUUUUUUUUCCCUUUUCUGCUACCUUGACAAGGACCAAAACUUUAGUAUUGAUGUUUGGAUUUUUAAAAUAUAUUUUAUUAUGUUUUUUUUUUUUUUUUUUACUUUCCUCUCCACAAGCUUAAUACUCCACUGGGUGUUAAAUAGCUCCCAUACAUUUCUUUUUGUUUAAAUUUUUGCCAUUUUAAAUGCAUGUGUGGAGGUGAUAUUAAGCUUUCUGUGCAUGACGUUGAAUACAUUUAGCAUGGAUUGGAUGGUUCUGAUGAUUGCUAUAUGUUCCUCACCUCAUGUGCUGCGUAUGUGUGUGUGUGUGUCCAUAUAUACACAUACACAGCCAAAGCUUGCAUAUUUCCACGGUGAUGACACUCUGAGGCAGUUGAACUGUGUAAUGAGUUUACGUAUGAUAUUACUUUGCGAACCAAAGAUGAUCUGGCGCCUUCUGUAAAUGUUCCUGUGAGAUCAUCGUCUGUGCGUGAAUGUAAAGGGACGUGCAUAGGAGGAGCUCUCCUCUGGGCAGAUGCCGCUUCUCAGCAGGGUGUGUAGUGUUACCUGUGGUCAGGUGACCAGAGCCUUGCAAACGGACUAUGUCCCGUCUUCAUUGUUCCAUCUGAGGUCAAAUGAUGCAGAAAACUAAGGAUGCUUGGAGAGAUGUGCUGCACAGAGGUGCAGGUCUUUGGCAAAGAGGCUGUGUUUUUGUACAUUUGAAUGUGGAGCAAACUAAUUUAUCUUUCUGUGUACAGUUUAUCGCUGGGCUGGGAAGUCUUGGGUCAGAGAGCCGAUGACAAUGCAGUGUAUAAAUAUGGGUUCUUGUACAAUAAUUUUUUCUACUUCCUGUUUUUCUAUUUUCCUGUAUAUAAGGAGCAAUAAAUUAUUUUUUAAAGCA